AUGUCUACUGUACAAUCUUCUGUCGGAAGUGAUACAGAUAUUCAGAACGCUUCUAAUGCUGAUGUUCAUAUCGCACCACGUGUGGAAAAAGAGUGGUCUGAUGAGUUUGAUGACAACGAAGUUUUAAAUGGGGAUACAAUAGAGCCUCCAAAGAGGGGCCUUCUAGGUUACCUCGUCAUCUAUUUACUCUGUUAUCCUAUAUCCUUUGGAGGUUUCCUACCUGGUUGGGAUAGUGGUAUUACAGCAGGUUUCAUCAACAUGGACAACUUCAAAAUGAACUUUGGAUCCUACAAGCACAGUACUGGAGAGUACUACUUAAGCAAUGUUCGUAUGGGUCUUUUGGUCGCCAUGUUUAGUGUCGGAUGUGCUAUAGGGGGUGUCUCUUUCGCCCGUUUUGCCGAUAAGUUAGGCAGAAGGCUAGCAAUUGUGAUUGUGGUAUUGGUAUAUAUGGUUGGUGCCAUUAUUCAAAUCAGUUCAAACCAUAAAUGGUACCAGUACUUUGUCGGUAAGAUCAUUUACGGUCUCGGUGCUGGUGGUUGUUCGGUGUUGUGUCCAAUGCUUUUGUCGGAAAUAGCACCCAAGGACCUGAGAGGUGGGCUUAUUUCAUUGUACCAACUGAACAUGACCUUUGGUAUUUUCUUAGGUUAUUGUAGUGUUUAUGGAACAAGGAAAUAUGACAACACUGCACAAUGGAGAGUGCCUCUUGGGCUUUGCUUUUUGUGGGCCCUGAUUAUCAUCAUUGGUAUGCUAUUGGUCCCAGAAUCACCCAGGUAUUUGGUCGAAUGUGAAAGACAUGAGGAUGCAUGUAUUUCGAUUGCCAAGAUUAACAAGGUUUCACCAGAGGAUCCAUGGGUACAGAGACAGGUUGAAGAAAUCAACGUCGGGGUGCUCGCCCAAAAGGAACUAGGAGAAGCAUCAUGGAAGGAACUUUCUCAAUUAAAACAAAGGUUCUUCAACGUUUGA